UCCUUGGGCCUCACAGGCCUCUAAUGCGUCUGCCUCAACUGCUUCUCCCUCUCUGAUUUCCCUGUCAAUUAACCACCCUGUCACCCAACUAAUUGGGCUAGACUUAUCGCCAACCCACGUCGCCCUCAACAUUGGUCAUUUAGUAGCCAAUGAUCGAGGCCAUUUGACUGCGGCUCACCCGUCUAACUCAAUCAUCCACUAAGUUAAUCUUGUUGUCUCCCUCAGUCGUUGCUUCCCACACCAAACCAACCUUGGCCCUCCUCCGCAUUCAGACCGUGGGUGGCAGUCGCUCUAAGCCCGACCUCAUCGACGACAACACCUGUCUCUCCCCGGAACCACGGCUUUGGCCACAACAUCAUCCUAUCCAUUUCGCUCAAAGAUGGAUCGCAAUUCAGGCUCUCGCGACCAGCCUGGUGACCCUCCGGCUUCGAGUUAUUACGCCCCUUCGCCCUCACAGUUCCCUCAGUCUCAGUAUCCUGUACCGACAGAUUCGGAGCUAAACAUGAGCUCCAAUUAUUCAUUGCCCGCCUCCUAUGCACAACAACUUCAUGAAGCCGCUUCCUCUAAGCAGUCCCCUAGUCCCACUCAGCCUGAGUAUCCUGCGAUUCCUACAAAUGGCGCAAGCCAUGUCAUUCCAACCGACCCUGCGAUGGCCCCUCCGCCACAGACACCCAAUUCACAAUCCUUCAGCGCGCCGGUUCCACAUUCCAGCAUUGAUGAAUCUGCAGACCUCACGCAGACCCCUCAGACUGGCGAUAAGAGGAAGCGUUCUAAGGUUUCACGGGCUUGCGAUGAAUGUCGCAGAAAAAAGAUUCGUUGUGAUGCUCCUACUGAUAGCGACGGCACUCCGCGAACAUGCGCAAAUUGUGAAAAGGCUGGCCUUCUCUGUGGCUUUGAGAGGAAGCCCAUGAAGCGUGGCCCAUCAAAAGGCUACAUUAAAGAUCUUGCCGAUCGCGUUCAGAGCGUGGAACAGAUCCAAGCUGCCGCACUUCGUCAGUCCUACGAUAUGGGUACUGGCCCUCAAAGCUUUGAUCAAUUAGCCUUCUCCCCAAACGAAUCAUCCAACAGCCGACCUCGGUUUUCUUUCACUUCUGCACCAGCACCUUUUGCGCCGGCGGAAUUCCAACGAGAUCGAAUUCCAAGCACCGGAGGUUGGGGUUCUGACCAGCACGAUCUUGCUGCUCUGAGAUCGCGUGAUAGUGGCAGUCUUGCUAUUGCGCCCGAUCAAACCAUCCCCUCUACAUCACCACCAGAACAAGACACGACAAAGAUCGCAGCACUUUUUUCUUCUCAACUCGACCGUUCUCGUCCCGCUAAACAUCAGAAAACCGACCAGGCAGACGAGGACCAGCAACCCUUCGCCAUGGGCCAAUCCCUCCUCACCACCUACUACGAUCAAUUCCACCCUCUCGUGGGCAUUCUGCCCGAACCAGACACCGUCCUUCGCAUCGUCGCAGAUGUUACCCCCCGUGUUGCCCACGCCUUUGGCACUGUGCUCGAGCUGCUCCCUUCAAUGAGACCAACAUCCGUCACGAACGGAGUCCAUGACCAAGCGCAAAACAGCCAAAUUGACCCAGCUGUGACCAAGGACCGGAAAGUUCUCAAGAGCUCAGUCUUUGAGAAUAUGAAUCGGCUCUGCGAAUAUCUCCUGGGUACAUCAACCCAAGGCCUCGGCUCACGCUCCAGCAGUGACAACCUGGUGCUAGGCUGGACCCUUUGCUUGACGAUUCUAUUGGCAGAGAAUGACAUGAAGCCAAACAAAUCUACUCCUGCUACGUCGCAGCUCAUCGCUGCAUCCUUGCGUAUUUUUCAGCAUCUACAGACUGCCGAAGUGCCUGCACCUUUGUCCACCAGCGAUAAGGAACAUGUAGAACAAGUUCUUCAAGGCCCCCUAAACUUCACCAUCUUGUCCUCCAAGUUGGACACACUCAGUCACGGCACGAGCAAUUUCAGUCAGCCAGGCCAACCGCCGUUGGUCGAACGAAUUCAUACGCGUCUAGCGUCUGAUGAAGCUUCGUAUCUCUUCAGCGGUGCUAACUUGCUCCAAGGUGUCCUUGCUAUUCUGGAAUUCCCUGUCGGGUUACAGCAGACCUCAAACGCCCGCCAUUUGUCGCUAUACACGCAUCUCCCCAUGGCGAGGUUUCCUUUCCGCUCACUAAAGAAAGAGAGCCCCAUUGUCAGCUAUUUCGAACGUUUCAUCCACCUCAUUUUCGCACGCGACUUGUCAGGGUUAAUGGUCCCGGUUAUUCUCAAUGCAGCGAUCACGAUGGCUGACCAUCUUGUGAUUGAGUUCAACAAAGGCCCAUCCCAAGCGGUCUACAAUCCUCUCGACAUCCACACAUAUUCCCUUGUCACGAUAGUCCUCCUGGAAUUCGUUCAGAGCUGCAGCGUCGCCGGCUUUCGCCAGAGUGCCGCCUCGGUACUCGAAUUACUUCAACCUUGUCUGGAGAAGAAAUCCGCCCAAUUUCACCAAGACUAUGGAUACGAAUGGUUCUUUGCCAGCGCCGAAGUGGACACCAAUACCGAUGAUUAUCGCAUGACACAUUGGACUGACCAGCUUCUGGCCAUGAUCGCAUGGAUCAAAGAGAGAGGAAUCAGCGAAUCUAUCAAGAAUUCUACUGAACAGAUCUUCCCCGACAUUCCAGGAUUGUACCGCAAGGGAGCCUUGACCGUGAUGGACGAAUUCGGUUGGCAUAUUCUGAACCAACAAGAGACAGGUCCUUCGACCACAGUGUCAUAGAAGGAGACGAAGUGAUGAUUGUUGCAGUUCUGUGGGAUUUGGCACCUAUCAUUAUUGGAUUGGCGGGGUGGAUGGAUGCAUAUUGGAAGAUCAUAUGAAGAAGUAUUCAUCGGGGGCGACAAAUGCCCAUUGCACAUAUGAGCAUGUAUCCUGGCGUCCGGGACGGGUGAUUGAUUCGUUGAUUUUUUGGCCUGUCGAGUCAUGAGAUGAGCAAAGGAACAGGACGAUCAUUACAGGGAGAGACGCGACAUUACGCGACACGAUGAUGCAUCCACCCACCCACCCAUUCACCCCUUUCUUGAGCUGUCACAGAGUCAAGGAUCGGGGAAGAAGAUUCUUAUUCUUACGGUUUUAUGUACGAGUAUGUGAGAGAUUUGCGAACUCAGAGCGCGCGUGUGCCUGCCCCGCGACCGAAAAGCAGACUGUCGAUUCUUGCGAAAAUGAGCCAUGAGCCCGGCCCGAUCAAUCCAUCAAAAAUGGAGGAAGUGUACUGACUUAGUUAGCUAGGUCGCUAUUGAAGAGCUGCUUGCUUGCUUUGGCCAGAGGAAUUGUUAGAAUACCUUUAGUUGUGUUAUGUUGUGUUGUGUAUACCGACAGAUAAACAAACGCACAG